CCCUAUAAAGUUGUGUUGUUAAAGCUUUAAUACAUGCGACUCAACUUCCAGCAGUGUAUUACUGUUUACUUGAUUUAAAAUGCCAACCCCUUUACAGCGCAGCCAGAGUCCAACUUCUUGACUUGACAUGUCUGGUCCUAAAUGUUAUCUUCAUCCUUUCAUGUUUUCAAAUUUUCUGAUCAAUGGUAUUCAAAUACUAAUAGACAGUACAAUGAUGGACCAGCUGUUAAUAUUUUUAUUGUUAGAAAUGUCUGUGUAUACAGCAAGUCCAUUGAGUUCCCCAAACAACCACACAACACCAGUACCAGGCUAUACUACCACAGUGGCUAACCAUUCUACCGAAUCACAAGCCGUCCAUACAACUACCCAAUCAGCUAACCAGACAACGGCAUCAGGAACCCAUCACAAAACUGCUUCAUCCAACAGGACAAAACCCACCCUCAUUCCAGUUGGUCCAACUCUUUCACCAAAAUCUUCAACACCUACAACUGGAAAUUACACAAUAACCAACAACAACACCGGUACUGUGUGUAUACAGGCACUUAUGGGAAUACAAUUUACUGUGACAAGGAAUCAGGGAAAAUCCUAUUUCAACAUUAACCCUAAUUCUACAGAAGCAAAGGGACUGUGUGGAGAAAACAGGUCCUGGUUUAAUUUAAAUUUUAGUGGAGGGUUUGUCAACUUCACAUUUGUCAAGAAUGAAGGUAUAUAUUAUGUUGAUGAAAUUGAAGUCACUCUACUGUCAUCAGCCAUUGGUAAAGAGACACAGAUGAGUAAAGACUAUCAUGGCCAUCUAAUCGACAGAAAACUGUUUAAAGCAGCAGUGGGUCGAUCCUUCAAAUGCACAAACCAGCAGGAAGUGUCUCUCAAGUGUGAUUUCAAUCUUUAUAUUGUAAAUACUCAGUUCCAGGCAUUUAAUAUCACCAAUGGCCAGUUUGGUAAAGUGCAAGAAUGCUUGGCUGAUAUGAAUGAAAGAAAAAUUCCCAUUGUAUUGGGAGUCUCUGUGGCUGGAUUGUGCCUGAUUAUCCUUGUGACUUGUUUGCUGGCCUGGCAACAAGCUCCAGGAGGCUAUGAAAGGAUCUAAGAUCAAUUUCAUCAUUGUUCAAGAGGAGAGGGAAAGAUACUCAUUUACCAGUCAGAUGCAAUACAAAAUCCACUCUACUGGUACCAAAACAGUAUUGAAACAAUUCAACUUACCAUUUAAUUUAAGCAGCGGUACAUCAUUUAAUGAAUUUAUCUGUGUGAAACAUAUUGCUGGGCCAAGUGAAUCAUUGUGGUUUUUGGUCUUUGUUAAUCCUCGGGCUUGCUUUGUUAUUUUGGAUGUAUGCUUUUUUUUUUUUUUUUUAACAUAUAAUUCUGGUUGUAUUUGUAUGUUGUAAUUGGGAUGCUGGAAAUUUUAAAAGUGAAAUUAUAGAUCCGCUUCACAUGGCUAUUAAAUCAUUUAUUUUACCAAAUGUAUUCUUCUUGAUUCUUGUUGCUUAGAUCUGCGUGUGUAUUAUUUUCUGUUUCGGCAUAUUUACCAACCAGAUAUACCUGGAAGCUAGACAUCCUGAGAGCUCCAUUGGGGUUGCAUUGGUGCUUAAAACUACCUAAAGAGUCACCAGGAUGUGAUGACUUACACAGAAAUUGAAUCUAAAGUACAGUAUAAGAAAAAUACUUCACAUCCAUAUCAAGUUCAUUGAUAACAGAAUGUCAAACGUUUUAAAUUAAUAA